CGACUUCUUGCUGUUUUAACUCGACAUAACCUGGAAAAACGUCACAAUAUAUUUUUUUAAAGGUGUUAAUUUUGACUUUAAACAAUUAAGGCAACACUUAAAGAUAACGUCCUGUCAGCUAAAGUUGCUGUCACCGUCAGUAUCACCGACAGUAUCGUGAAUUAGCUACACCUCCGUUUGCCAGCCAUUAGCAACCGUUGGGAUACAUGCAGUGUUUCCAGUAUCACAAGGAAAUUGCAGGACACGGAAAACAAUAAGCAGCAGUAUAAAUAAACAAGGUAACCUGUCUGUUUGAGGGCUUGUGACUCAGCAAAGUGCUCCCAGAAACAAACAAUAAAGCUCUGGGGAGAGUGCAUCUCCCCCGGCCUCCCAUGGCACCCCUGCCUGCUUCGUCAGUCCAGGGAUGACAGUCACCCCUAAAAAACACAGCGCUCAGCCCGGUUCCUCCUCUUACAGCAACACAAUUUCCAGAUCUGGUGCGGUGCAGAUGGAUGAGACUGAUGGCCUGCGACUGAAGCACUCCUCUGCUGAAGACUCCCUGUCGCUAUCUUCCUUGGCUGAGCCCAUCAACCUAGAAGAUUCCCAUUAUGCCGUGCUGCGAGACGAGAUCGACUCCGACCACCAGAACCUGGAGGCGGAGUCAUGGAGCGUGGCUGUGGACCAGAACUACCUGAAGGCCCUGAACAAAGAGGCUGUUAAGAGACAGGACGUCAUCUAUGAGUUGAUCCAGACAGAGAUGCACCAUGUGCGCACCUUAAAAAUCCUUCUCCACGUCUACAUGCACGAGUUGAGGCAGUCAUUGCUGAUAGAGGAGGCCAAGCUGGAGCGGCUCUUCCUGGGGGUAGAAAACCUGCUCGCCCUCCACCAGCUCUUCCUUAACCGCCUCAAAAUGCACCAAAACCAAAGUCAGGAGGAAGGAAGCCCAAACAACUACCAGAUCACACAGCUGGGGGAUAAUCUCAUAUCUCAGUUUUCAGGUGCUCUGGGAGAAGGAAUGAUGGAGUGGUACAGUGUGUUCUGCAGUCAUCAGAAUGAGUCCAUCAGCUUCUACAAAGAGCAGCUGCAGAACAACAAGAAAAUUCAGAUCCUCGUGAGGAAAAUAGGUCAGCUGCCCCUGGUGCGAAGGUUGGGUAUCCCUGAAUGUUUUCUGUUGGUGACUCAACGCAUCACAAAAUAUCCCGUACUGGUGGAGCGAAUCAUACAGAACACUGAAGCUGACACAGACGAAUACAAGUCUCUGGUACAGGGUUUGAUGCUGAUUAAAGACACCAUCUCCCAGGUGAACGCUCAGGUCUGUGAAUAUGAGAAAGUUGUUCGCCUGAGAGAGAUCGGCCAGCGCCUGGAACCAAAGUCUCAGGGCCGGCUGAAGGACGGCCGGGUGCUCCGCAGGGAGGAUCUGCUCCAGGGAAACAGGACACUGCUGCACGAAGGAGCCGUGACCUUGAAGACCUCCGGUAGACAGAAAGACAUCCAUGCUGUGCUGCUGUCAGACGUGCUCCUCCUCUUACAAGAGAAAGAUCAGAAGCUCGUCUUUGCUGCUGUGGAGAACAAACCGCCAGUGAUCUCCCUUCAAAGGCUGAUAGUCAGGGAAGUGGCUCAUGAGGGCAAAGCCAUAUACCUUAUCUGUGCAUGCACCGUCAGCAUGCCUGAGAUGUAUGAGAUUCACACACGCUCCCAAGAGGAAUGCAUAACAUGGACAGCGCUGAUAAGGGAAGCCGUGAACAGCUACCCACAGGAGGAGCUAUACCGUGAACUGACUGCCAGACUGCAACACUUUCAAGAUAUGCUAAAGAUGAGGGAUGACCAGAUACUGCAAAGUCUGACAGAGAAGCAACAGAUCUUUGCUGCUCUCUACGAGACUGUGACAGAGCAGGAAACCCCCCACAAAGGGCUGCUACUCCGAGGAGACGCCACUGACCUCCAGCAGGGGGGGACACUGCUCAGAGGAGCCAUCAAUGAGGUGGAAAACCUGCAGAACCUGCUCUCCUCAAGAAUUAAAGACCCAAACCUUCUUUUGGAUGAGAGUAAGAUACAUGGGGGCCGGCUCAGGAGGGCCCAGACCUUUGGAGGGGUCGACAGUAGCCCUGGUGCAAGCACUAUGCAAAAUGGAGAUGCAGCUGAGAGGCCAGGCGGCAGUGAGGGCAAUCUGGUGUACAUCACUCACAGCUUCGACAAUACUGACUCUCAGUUCCACAAGAGUCACAGCUGUGAGGCCCUGGAACACUAUGCUGAUGACGAUAUGCCAGACGGCAAUUUAACCUCCAGUAAUGUACCUGAGGCAGAGGUGUAUGAUAGAGUGAUAUUGCUAGGACAGAGGCUGUACAGCCUAGAAGCAAUCAUCACCCAGCAGGACAGCCAGAUUGAGCUGCAGCACGCUUUCCAGACAAAGAGCAAGCAGCGCGCUCAUCAUUACAACAGCUUGCUGCUGGAGCAGGAGAAGCAGCGCAACUUGAAGAAGCAGAAGGAGGAACUCGCCAACUUGCACAAGCUGCAGGCGCAGCAUCAAGAGGAGCAGCAGCGCUGGGAGAAGGAGAGGGAGCGACAGAGGAUGCAGAUCGAGGCGCUGGAGGCUCAGCUGCAACAGAGGGAGGAGGACUGCCGACAGUGGGAGGAGAAGCUCAAUGAAGAGAGGGCUGAGCUGGAGAAGUUGAAGGAGGACUAUCAGCAGGACCUGGAGAGGCUGAGGGAGUCCACAAAAUCAGUGGACAAGGACAAGGAGCGUCUGAAUCAGGAGAUGAAGCGUCUGGAGCAGCUGCAGGAGAAAAUAAAGAAGUACAUCCCAGGAUACUAUGAUGAUCCUUCACAAUCCUGGAGUCUCUCCAGUUACCAGUCGUUCAGGGGGAGUAUAGUGAAUGGAGGUGGAACCUUAACACCAAAGACCCAAAUAUUGCCCACCAACGCCAGUGAAAUUCCUCCAAAGGUUCCACCGCGCAGGGAGAGCAUCAGCCCCAUGCCGGUCAAGCCUGAGCUGCCCGUCCACCUGAUCAGCACCACCAACCAGGAGUACAAGCCUGCCCCCGUGCAGCAGCAGAUCCCCACCAAGCUGGCUGCUCAGCCCAAAGGAAAGGAGAAAGGCUUCAAGACAAAGGGGUCCCACCAGAGGACGCACAGUGCAGCUGGUUUAGACGUAAGCCAGGUGCUGCCCAUCAGAGUGACCGGGAAAGAAGGAGGCAGUCUGAGAGCCAAGAGGAACAACAGUCCUCAAAGGAUCUACCAAUCAGGUGCCUUCAACCAACCAGACUCUGCCCACAGUGUGAAAAUAUCUCAGUCCUUCAGCACAAACAAGAGGAGCAGCAACGAGACUCCACCCCCACCGCCUCCUUUUCCCAAAGAAGUUCUUGAGAUGGGCAAAGAGAAGGAAAUAUUCCUUUAAUCAUAAACGACAGACUGGAGUUUGGGUAAGGCCUUUGCCAUCAUAAAGACUUUUAAACAUGGAAAGACUGAUGGAGCUGUUAAAGGACUCACACAUAUGGAGAGAGUGAUGGAGCUGUUAAAAUACUUUGGACAUGACUUCAUGACAUCCAGGUGUGUACAGCAUGAAGAGGAAAAUCGCUGUUAUUAUGUUUUAUUACUGGAAACCAGCUGUUUGCAUUCAGAUUAGCAGAACAUGAAAAAAGUAACCACUCAUGGACAUGUUUUAUAAGGAUGUGUACAUUUGUGUUAGAGGUUUAAAAAAAUGACACUGAGAAACAUUUUACUGCCAAAGACUUUUCUGAGUUUUUUUAUCAUUUUAUUUUAAAUGAAAGUAGGUUGUCUUUAACCAUUUAGCACUCGUGUCUUAACUCUUUUUAAUUUAAUGAAUGAUAAGUGCAGUGACAGGAAGCUGUAGAUUUGCCAACUUUGACAUCUGUUUAAAUAUGAGGUGCCAUACUUUUUAUUUCAUAACGAAUCAAGGUAACCGUGAACUUUGUCCUGUUGUACAGUAUGUCUUAUAAUCAAAUCAUAACUUAACAGGGUACGAGGAAGGAACUACAUUUUGGCUGACAGUGGCGGUCCGUGACUCAGUAUCAGCAGGGUUGUUUUAGUUUACAGCCAGACAGCUACUGGAAGCAUUUAUGAUAAUAUAAGAGAAUUAUUUCUCAGUGAUGUUCCAUGUUAAAUAAUGUUCUGGUAUAAUUUAACACUAUAACUGACCGCUGUCUCUUUUUGUUCCAUCUUCCAAAUCCCACCUAAUAGGUCAUUAAAUAAAAAGAGGGUUGACUUGA